UGGCAAAAUAAUAAAGAUUAUAACAAAAAAAAUAUAAUAUUUCAGGGUUAAAUUCAUUUUUCAGCACACGAAGAGGAAUAGUACAACCAAACUAAUGUCCCAUUAUUAGCUUUAUAAUAACAUUAUAAUUUGCCUUAACUGGAAAAAAGCAAUCGAAUUGUGAAUUGAACUUAUCGUAGAAAAUAACGAACCAAAUCAUAGACCUUAAAAUAUUAAAAUCGCAUUUCUCCAAGAAUGUCAAGCUGACUUUUUGCAAACAAACAAGGCUCGUCGUUGCAGCAGCUGCGCAGAUAAUGAGAUUUUAUAAUUUAAAGAUAAGGCUUAAUUUUUUGAUAUUCCAAUGUUCAAAUAAUUCUAGGAUGUAAACUAUAAUGGCACGUCCCUUUUUGAUGGAUUUUUGUUUUUAACAAAAGGAAACAAAGCCUUUUUUGGAGCCUCAAAUCCCCAAAUUGCAGAAUAAUACAACCCCCGAUUUAAUAACCAUUAUUGGUAUACGUACCAAGUUACCCAGUACACUAACAACUUAAAAGAGAGACUUCUGACAAUCGGCCAUCUUGGAGCGCCAUAAAAAACAAACAGACGAGGGGACAGGACUACUCUGUGGUUUUAUUGAUGGUGUUUACUGCUCUUUAGACCUAAAAACUAUUAAUCAAGGAAUUUUUCAUUACCUUUUGAUUACUGAAAGAACAGCUGUUGAAAUUCAUUGAAGGAAAUAUGAUAUUAAUAUUGAGUUAUAUAUCCUAAAAAUUCACAUUGGAGUGCAUCGUGCAUUGGAGAGUUGAUAUCAAUAAGGUAUAGGUACUUAUAAAAUAUAGUAUGUAUGUGUCACAAAAACAUAUGUUUACAAUUAAUUGAAUCUGGAAUAUUUGGGAACUUUUUUAAUUGUGAUUAUGAAUAUUUUUAUGAAUUUUGUUUUCCUUAUAAGAACAUGGAAUUUAGUUUGAAUAUUCUUCUUUUUACAUUGCAGCCAAAUUAAACUUUUUAAAUCUACUCACAUGUAAUUGAUAUAUAAUAACAUGUAUUGUUAAAAAGAUGGUUAAUCAUAUACUAAGUUUCAAGACAUCAUUUUCGCUUAUGUUUAAAUAAUCAUUGAGGAUACAUGGCAAAGGAAGACAUGGAUUCCUAUGUUUCAUAUAGUUAUUACUAACCAGGAUCUGAAUUAAUACAUCCAAAGUUUAAUAGUUUGUUAUUGAAAUUUAUUUUUCAGAAUUUUAACUGAAAUAUUGUUUUAACCAAAUUUUCUAUUUUAGUUAAUAAAGUAAUAUAUAAAACAGAAUCUGUUAAAUUUAUCAAAAUGACAGAGCAAACAAUAAAUACUCGGUCAAAGAAACCUAAUUUAAGCCAAAAGGAUAUUGCAUUAAAGUACUGUAAAUUAGGUGUUGACCAAAAUGGGUUCAUUAAGAAGUGGAUUCAUAUCGAUAUUGGUUAUGGUGUUUUUACUGAGCGUCCUUUUAAAAAGGGAGAUUUUUUGCUUGAGUAUGCUGGCACUUUUAUGUCAUAUGAAGAUGGUGAAAGGCAGUUUGAGGAAAAGAAAACUGGAGACUCAUUUUUCUACUUCUUCCAAGGAAACGAGAAAAAUGAUUGGCACUGUAUUGAUGGAUCAACUUCUAACCAAAAUGGAAAAUUUGUAAAUGACUCACUACAUGGAAAUUCUGUUAUGAGAAAGAUUAAUUGUAGCAAAAGCGAUAUUAGACUCUGCUUAUUUGCAUCAAAAGAUAUAUUGGAAGGAACGGAAUUAAGGUAUAAUUAUGGAGACGAUGAAGAUAUCUGGUGGAGGAAAGAGGGUUCAUUCAACAAACCACUUAAUAUUCAAGCGAUUGAAAAUAAUUCAUGUGAAAUGGAGUCGAAUGAUGAAUUAGAUGUAUUUCACUGGACUAAAUACAAGGACCUUCAAUCCGUACCAUGUGAAGUAGUAAAAGUUCUGGUUGAAAAGUGUGAAGAAACAUUAAAGGGAAUAUUUACUGGAAAGGAAUGGCGAAAACGAUGUGAUAUUUACAAACAAAGAGGCCGAGCUAGAGAAUCUCUUACAAAUACUGUUCGUUUUGGUGCAUUUACAAAAGAGCAAAUUGAUGUGAUUGUAAAAACUUUGUUGGAGAUUUUUUGUCCAAAUAACAGUACAAAGAACUUUGAUUUCGUGUUUAAAGUUCUUUUGCCAGAGACCGUGACACUUAUAUACAGUCGUGUAAAUGAGAUAUCAGUGGAAGAGGCUGAAGAACAAGUUAGCAAUGUUGGAAUUUCUGUCUUAAAGGAAGGUAGUGAUUCCGAUGAUGGAUCAAAUAAAGAAAGUAAAGAACAUUCAGAAAACGAGUUUAGUCAUGAUGUUAACUGUUAUCCUCCAACAGAUGAUGAUGAUAUUUCUCCCAAAGGAAAAAGUAUUCUACAAAAGCGUUUAAAGGCAGAAAUAUUUAUAGCUAAAAAGGAGAGAAAAGAAAAAGACGGAGACAGUAUUGGCGUAAGCACGAAAAAACAAAAUAAUGGCGAAUAUUAUCAUUCUGCUUUUGAAGAAGAGAAUAAUGAAGAGGAAGAAGAAGAAGAAAAGAAAGAAGAUAUGAACUUAAAAAACAAAAAUGGGUUUGAAGGUAACAAAAGGACUAAAUUAAAAUGCCUAAAGCAGGAUGGACGGAAGAAAAAGGUCACUGCAAAAAAAAGGUUAAAAAACAAAAAAGUUCCAGAAAUGCCGUCUACUAAAAGAAGGGCAAUCUCAGCCAAGGAAGUAUGGAAAAUUGUCAACGAAAGAAAUCGUCAAGACGAUUGGUUUGACACAACUGGAAAAAGCGAUGACAAUGAGUCCAACACACCAGAGUCAGAUCUAGAAGAAAACGUUCAUGCCAUUGUCCAUACCCUCUCAAAGAAAGAGAAAAGAAAAAAGAAAGAAUCAGAUGAGAUCAUGGAAUUGAAGAAAAGUAUGGAGGUCAUGAGGAAGCGCUUAGAAAAAGCAGAAAAAGCAGCCGAGAGAGAAUAUACGUACGUAGAAGGUGAUAAUGAAAAUGAUGAUGACGAUGUUGAUAUGUCUGUACAGAAAAGUGAAAAUACAAGUGAAGAGAUAAGGAAAACACAUAAGAUCUUAAGCCAUGGAAAGAUUCUUGCUAACAAGAGAAAAGCUGAAAGAAAAAGGAAAAAGAUGUUAGCCUGUGUGAACAAGUAUGUCGGGCCUCCAGGUACUAUAAAAGAGCGCAAAACUGGCGUUAUUGACUACAGAAAAGUAUAUGACAUUAAAUGCCCGGUUUGUUCAGUUGUAUCUAGCAGACUCUACCAGCAUUUAAUGCUUCAACACAAAUUUUCGGAUAGGGAAGCAAAACUAAAAGAGUCAGAAGUCAGGGUGAUGUUUCUUUGGUCAAAAAAGGAAAAGCAUGGUAUCCCAAAACCGUUGCCUUGCGCAAUCUGUGGAGUUUGGCACCUGCGUCUUCGUACCCACCUGAAAAGGAAACACAAAUUUGAAGGAUCAAAAAUCACAGAAAUUUUAGAAACUGCGCGAAAAGAAAAUUGGGCUAACGAAGGAUGUUUGGAAAAUAAAGCCAAACUAGUCAAGACAGCCAAUCAAAAGGCGAAAAAACGUACGAAAUGUAAUAGAGAAGAAUUGAUUAAUACUGGGAGAACGAUCAAGUAUCUGCCAGAUAAUGCGAAGGAAGUAAAUGCAUCUAACAAAGCAGAUUGGGAUAUUGAAGGAGAUAACUUUCUCAUGUAUUAUGAAACCGGAGAGGAGUUGCUAGAAGCUUUUAAAAGUGAAGUGGAAAAGAAGAAAGGAGCUGUUAAGGCAAAAAGGUACAGACAGCAUGUGGAGUACAUAUGGACUAUUAUCGAUCCCAACAUGGCAGUGAUACCAGCCAGUGCAUUUGCAAAUUGCUUGCUUGUUGAAGAUAAAUACCACGAUCCAACUUACCGCUUGAUUGGUAAAGGAGGAAAUGAGGCUUCCACUCUAAGGGUUAGAUACGUCGCUUUGAGAGCAUUUAUUAGAUUUUUACGUCGUCGCCAUGUCUAUGGAGGCAUUACCCGUGAUCAAAUGACAGCUUUGUCGGAAUAUAUCGAUGAAUGGAACGCUGAUUUUACUGAAUCCAUUGCCCAGCGUAAAACUGACAUUAGACGAAUUAAGAUUAAACGCUUAAUGACUCCUACCCAUAUGAUUAAAUAUGGCCGAUCAAAUUUUGUGCAGGGUCUUGUGAAAAGUAUUGAAAGGGUCGCUAAGUCUGAGAAACCUACAAAACGGUUUUGUCAGCAGGUCAGAGACUAUCUGAUUACUAACUUGUGCAUAAUGAAUGGGUUGAGAUCAUCAAACCUGAUAGAACUCAGGGUUUCGGAUGUCCAGGAAGCGCACACUAGCGAAGAAUAUCCUGGAUACAUGGUGUUUACUAAUUCCCGUUAUAAAACAUCCACAAUAUAUGGUGAAAAGGUCAUUGUCUUGCCUAAAAACGUGUUUGAACAUCUUAAAUACUAUGUCAAAGAAAUAAGGCCUGUUUUGAAUCCCACAACAAAUACUUAUUUAUUCAUUUCAUCAGAUACAAAUCAACUGUCGCACGCUACAAUUGGCAGUAGCCUGACGUCAUCUUUCAAAAAUGCGGCGGUAUUUGGCAAACACGAAUAUGAUAGAGUAAGUCCUACUCGAAUAAGAUGUGCAUGCGCAACAUUCGGGUGUAAGGUUGAUGGAAUUGACAGUGGCUAUUUUGCAAAGCACUUUAUGAAAAAUAAAGAGGAUACCACAAAUAUCCAUUACAAUUUGUAUUCAAAUCAUAGAGAGGCAUUAAAACUUGCUAUGAUGAUGGGUAAUACAUUUGAAGUUGGUGGAGUUACGCAAACGUUAAAAAAAGAAGAUGUUGAAAAAAUUACAUCUGCAAUCUUAAAGAAUGAAAAAGUUAUGCCCUGUAAAGAUGAUGUUAUCGAGUGGGUAAGCAAAAACAAUAGCCUGGAACCAAAGGAAUUGUCAGAUUUUAUGGAUAUUUUGGAAGAGCUGGAAGGGGAGACCAAUAGAAUUGAUCUUUUCUACAAUAAAAAUGGAGGAAAUGUAAAGAAAAAGGAUGCUAAAAAGUCUGUUGCUGUUCCAAAGACAACACUUAAAACGUAUCCAAAGCGAAAACAAAAGCCACCUAAAGGGAGUUGUUUAGUAUUACAGCAUCAGUAUGGUGAAGACUCUAUCGGAAGCAAUUCGAGCAAUAAUGAUGACUCGAGUGAAGAGGAUGACAAUUCUAUUUGCGAAUUCUCUGCUGAAAGUUUAAAUGACAUUUCUGACGAGAACUUGCAAACAAUGUCAGAAGUUGAUGACUGUGAAGUGGAGAACCAUCCUUUAAAAGAUAGUUUGGACGAGAAAAUUGCGAAAUAUGAAACAGUAAAGAAAAACGACCUUGUGAAAGGAAGAAAGCACUGCAGGACCAUGUUUCUCGGUCUUACGUAUGUAUGUGAAGAAUUAAUGAAACGCAAAGAUUAUGAUAACGUGUCAAAAACGAAAACAUUUACAGCAAACGAAGUAAAAAGAUGCAUUAGCAAAAACGAAAAAAUGAAAGAAGCGUGCAAAGGAAAAGACGCCGACUACUGGAAAUAUUUAGUUUUAAAUAUGCGUGAGAAAUACCAAAGAGCUAUGAAAAGGGAAGAAUACUGCAAAUGUCGUCAGUGGUUAAAUGAAGCAAAGGACAUGAUGAAUCACUGGAAUACUUAGUGUCGUUUUGUCAUUAUUAUGUGGCACAAACCGUGAUGCAUUCAUCAAGCGCCCCACUCGUAAUAUCGACUCCCUAAUAUACGCUUUUCCUUAAUAUGUCCAUUUGUUUAGGUUUUUGGCGCCCCACUCAAAAUAUUACCUCCCUAAAACAAUUGCACCAAGAAAUAUAUUUAUCUAUUUCACUUUUUGAUUAAAGUAAAAACAGAAGUCAAUAGUUUAAAGAUAUAUAUAAAGAGCCCUGGCGCUUAAUCGAUGCAUUACGGAGCGAGUAGAAAACUUUUAGCUACGUAACUUUCCAUCGUUGACAUAUAUGCAUGAGAAACAAUGUCAUUUCGCUUUUAUUUUUUUUAUUAAGCGUCUCUCUUUCACAAGCUGAUCGGAUGGCUUACUUGUUGCUUGUUGACCAUCAACUUGAGAAUAUCAAAUUCACGCGUUAGCUUGCAGAGUUAAUUCACAAA